UCAGGCCUUGGCCCGGUUGUAUCGGAACUGGACCUGAGAGGACACAAAGUCUUCCCCAAGACUUUCUUCUCCAUGCUCAUUCCUGAAGUGCGUGCUGAGCUGGACAAACACAAAGAUGUAAAGUCCAUCAUUAUAUGUGGGAUAGAGGCACACGCUUGUGUACAGGCCACGGUGCUGGAACUGCUGGAGAGAGAUUAUGACGUUCAUGUUGUCGUUGACGCGUGCUCAAGUCGCAAUCUUGUUGACCGCAUGUAUGCAUUUCAAAGAAUGCGAGAAGUCGGGGCCCACCUGACCACGAGUGAGAGCGUGUUGCUCGCUCUGGUCCAAGACGCUGCUCACCCAAAGUUCAAACAGAUGCAGAAAGUGUUCUGGGACCCGGCCCCGGACAGUGGUCUGCUGAGUGGGUUACCUCAAGAUGGGACUGCGGCCGCAUAGACAGGCGUGGUACAAGGGGAGUCAAACUCAAUUAAUUUGUACCGGUAGCUGACAACAAAUAAGUAUGAAGUCGACAACAAAUUAAUUUGUCAUAAGCUGGAAUAUGGUCGCUUUUAAAGACAAGCGGGCUAACCCAGAUUUCAGGGUUUCCAAAAAUCUUGACC